GGGCAGCAAUCAACGAGUGGCUCACCGGCCAAUUGGCUGCAAUCCCUACAAUAUUUAAGCAGGCGACUGUAGAGCCAUGGAGGACCCACCUUCUUACCUCCCUGAACCCUACAGAGGCCCUUCCGACCCAUUUUCCACCCCUCCCGAAGUACUUUCGCCCUCCCCCACCCAUAUUCCCCGCUAUGCCAGCCAUCCGCCAUCGUGAGACACGACUUCCGAAUCCGGCGAACGGGAAUGGCCACACGGCCGGUGUCCCAGUUGAUCCCCAUCCUAAGGGUCACGCUUACGAGUGCCCCAUAUGCCACAGUACCUACACAAAGCAGAAGAAAAUGCGCAAGCAUAUCCGAGCUGAACACACCAUACAGCUCCCUUCAGGGGGGUUUCAAUGUCCGUUCCCCCAUUGCCCUGAACGGUUUGUGAAGAAAGACAGACAAAGGUGUCAUUGGCACUUCGAUACUCACUUAACGAUCUGGUGGGACUGUCACGAAACUGUUCCCCAUCCCACCGACCCCGGACGAAGGAUGGAAUGCAAAUUUAGGAGUCUCCACUGUGCAAGUGUUACUCAUCAUAAACACCAAGCACAUGUAGAGGCAGAGCACGAUGCGUGGGUUCCGAAACGAACUGGCAGAGCUGUUACAAAGGAAAGGCAGAUCGCAAUGGGAACUUAUAAGGCUCCGAAGAGGGUAUCAAAGAGAUCACGUCUCCGCGCAGAGUCCGAAGAAUCGACAGCAUCAUCUUCCCAAUCAUCCUCCACAUUGCUAUCCUCUGUGUCGACCUCUUCGCUGUCAGCGUUUACUGAAGACAUCCAGGAGCGUGUUCCCUCAGCCAUUGUGGAUAGUUUCCAGGAGACUCUCGCAUACGACGACAGCGACAGAUAUCCUUCAUUCCCUUCCACUCCCAACGUUCUUCUCGACACCCCCGUCCCAUUUAAGUUUGGAUACACACAUGUUCUGGAUUGUGUGGAUCAAUUCGAUUCCUUGAACGCCCUCGAGGACUACUUUGCAUUCAUGCAGUCACUGACUGCGGAUUCACCUUGUAGAAUCCCUUCAUCAGAGGAGUCCAUUUUCUCGCAGCCUGUUCCUCCAUCGUUUGCCGACAAUCCUUCGGCGUACUUCCAUGCUCCAAAUAUCUUGCAGCCGUUCACCUCGUUUGCGUACCCCAAUGAGGUUUAUGAUUCUGCCCAAUCGUCAUUCUCAGGCUUCCGCUCGCUCGGUUUCGCGAUGGUCGACGCACCCUAUGGAAGGUCGUAGAGAUCUCAUCUGGUAUCAUUAUCUCGGAAUCUCUUCUGCCUUCUCGUCUUCUACACAUAUCUACUUCCAUCUCAUCCUAUUUCUCUUCGUCAUCACUCUCAAUAUCUCCUUUCUCUUCCCCUGGAGUCUCAUUUCUCUAGCAUUGUCUUUCCGACUUCACUUCCAUCGAACUCUUCACAUUAUUUCUAUCAUGUAUCUAUAGCUACGAUUUACCGAAAGUUCUCCUUCUUGACUUCGUCCUCUUAGAGCCCUUUUUUCUCGAUUCUAUUUCGUAUUGAUUUUCCGGUCCAAGGAUAGGAAUAUAAUUUGGAAUGACUGUUUGUU